AAUACCAGAUAAUCUUUAUGAAACCUUAAGUGCAUAUGUACUUCAAAACUCCAAGCAGCCUUUGUUAAUUGCGGAAGUUUUGCUAAUAAUGGAGAGUUUUUUUAUUAAUACUGUGGACUUCUUCAAGUCAUUGUUUAUAACUAAGCAGCCUUCCAAAUCUAUCGAACAAAGUCCCUUUGUUCGACGCCAUAGAUCUUAUGCUGAUAAGGCAUCUGCAAAUCCAUCAUUCCUAUCUCCUUAUUCAUUGAUUAAAGAUUCUAUCGUAAUUAAAGAUGGCAUAAUUUCGGGCUGUCUUAUUAACUCUGAAAAUAAUGUAGAAUAUAUUUUCGAAUUACAUAUUCUGGAAAUUGGUGCCGUAAGAAUUAGAAUUAAUGAAAAAAAUCCCUUAAAACCUCGUUAUGAUAAAGUAAAAGAUUGGGCUCUUGUUGAAGAUCCAUUAAAUACUUUAGAAUAUAGUCAUAUCCCUUCUAAGCCAGAAGUAUCAUCUUUUGCUUUUGGCAAAGAAAAAAAUCAAUCGAUUUUAAUCUAUCAUUCUCCGUUUCGAGUAGAAAUUUGGGUUGAUAAUAUACCGACUAUCAUAUUGAAUGAUCGUGGUUUCUUUAAUUUCGAACAUUUAAAAGAAAAAGAUCUGAAUGAUUCAGAAUCUAUCGGACUUGAUAUCUCAUUUCCAGGAUUUGGUCAUGUAUAUGGCAUUCCUGAACAUGCAUCAGAACUUUCAUUAAAAGAGACACGAGGAGGUAAUGGUGCCUACACUGAUCCUUAUCGUUUGUAUAAUCUGGAUGUGUGUAAGUAUAAAAUAGACAGCCCGACAUCAAUUUAUGGAUCUAUUCCAUUUAUGAUGGCACAUCGAAAAGGUGCAUCAGCGGCUGUUUUAUGGCUAAAUGCGUCAGAAACAUGGAUUGACGUAAUUAAGAGUAAAGAGAAUAAGUAUGAUUCAUCAAACUUACCUAAUUUUGAUAAAUCCCUUAACUCGACUAAAACUCAUUGGUUUUCCGAGUCUGGCAUCAUCGAUGUAUUUGCUUUUAUUGGCAAACCUUCGGAAAUUUUCUGUCAAUAUGGAUUGCUCACUGGAUUCACAGCACUACCUCAAUAUUUUGCGAUUAGCUAUCAUCAAUGUCGUUGGAAUUAUCUUGACCAAAAGGAUAUUGCUGAAGUAGACGAAGGAUUUGACAGACAUGAUAUUCCUUAUGAUGUGAUAUGGCUAGAUAUUGAGCAUACUGAUGGGAAAAAAUAUUUUACGUGGGACGCUGAUAAGUUUCCAGACCCUGAAAAAAUGCAAAAAGAUCUUAUGAAAAAAGGGCGUAAGCGAGAUAAAAAUUAUUAUAUAUAUAAAGAAGCUAGUAAUCUAGAUCUUUUUGUCAAAGAGUCUAAUGGUCAAGAAUAUGAAGGGCAAUGCUGGCCAGGCAUUUCCUCGUGGAUAGACUAUACUAAUCCUUCUGCACAAGAAUGGUGGAGUAAAAAAUUUGCAUUUGAUCAAUAUAAGGGAUCAACGGAAAGUUUAUUCACGUGGAAUGAUAUGAAUGAGCCAUCGACUUUCAGUGGCCCCGAAAUUACAAUGCCGAAAGAUCUUAUUCAUUACGGAGGUUGGGAACAUCGAGAUUUGCAUAAUAUUUAUGGGCUUUCUUAUCACAGUGCAACUGCUAAAGGACUCAUAAAUCGUACCGAUCCACCACGUCGACCUUUCGUACUCUCUCGAUCAUUUUUUGUGGGUUCUCAACGUCAUGGUCCUAUUUGGGUGGGUGAUAAUGCUGCAAGUUGGGAUUAUUUGGCGAUAUCGGUUCCUAUGUUAUUGUCUCUCGGUAUUUCUGGGUUGCCAUUUUCUGGAUCUGAUGUCGGAGGAUUUUUAGAUGAUCCCAAGCCUGAACUAAUGGUUCGAUGGUAUCAAGCAGGAGCUUUUCAACCAUUCUUUCGUGCACAUGCUCAUAUAGAUACAAAAAGACGCGAACCAUGGUUAUAUGGUGAUCCAUAUACUGGUUAUAUCCGUGAUAUAAUCAGAGAAAGAUAUUCUUUGUUACCUUUAUGGUAUACUAUAUUUCACGAAGCUAGUACCACUGGAAUGCCAAUCAUAAGACCUAUGUUUAUAAUCUAUCCUGAUGAUGAAAAAGUUUUCGAAAUGGAAGAUCAAUACUUUGUUGGAAAUUCAUUACUUAUCAAGCCGAUUGUAGAGGAAGGUCAAACAUCUACUGAAGUUUAUUUUUCAAGAAAUGAGAUAUAUUAUGAUUAUUAUACGUUUGAAAAAAUUUGUAAAUCUAGUAAAGUUCGAAUUAAAGCUCCAUUGAACAAGAUCCCUGUCUUUUUACGUGGUGGGUCCAUUAUUACAAAACGGCAAAAAAUUCGAGGUUCUUCAUCGGUUAUGCAUUUAGAUCCUUUGACAUUGGUGAUUGCAUUAAACGAAAAUGUAAAUGAUGGUGAAACAUAUGAUUAUGAAAAAGGAUGUUUUGUUUAUCGUCAAUUUACAUUCUCUGAUGGAAAAUUGACAUCUAAAUCAUUAUCAUUAUCAGACAAUGAUAACAAUAUUUAUGCAAAAUCAAUUAGCUCUGUUCAUGUUGAACAAAUAAUAGUACUAGGACUCGAUAUGAAACCUAACAAAUUAUUACAUUAUAAUAAUCGCACGGCAAAUUCUAAUGUUGAAUUACAAUUCGACAUAAAAUGCUUUGAUACAUCGUCUGAAGUUAAUACUACUAACACAGUCGUCAUAAAGGGCUCUAAUUUGUUUAUCACUGAGGAUUGGACGAUAGAAUUUUUGAAAUAA